UCUGAUUCCCAGAUCUCAGCAUUAAGAACACCUACCUUGAUUCUCCAUCACAUCUUAUUGAUAAAACAGGAGAAAUACGCGAUCAUUUUGAUUUUUUUUGCUUGAUCUUCUUGACAAAGCAGAAAGUGAGAGAAAAGCCAUAAGAGAGAAAUGAGAACACUUUGUCCUAAUUUUGAAACAGAAGAUGCCCUGGAAACGAUUCUUGAGGUUCCGAUUCCUGAAGAAAUGUUUAACAGCAUGGGCAGCAAUGUCGCCCUUCGGUGGCAGAACAUGGCUACAUGGAUGAAGGCUCAAACCGCGGACAAAUGGUCAUCUCCUAUUAUUUCUAGUCGGUAUAAUGAGCUCAGUUUCCUACUUUUUAUAGUCGGAUCUCCUCUCAUUCCUCUCCAGGUUCAGGUGGAUUCUUCUAUCCCCCGCCCUAUCCGCCACUCUUCCAUUGAAGCCUCGACAGCAAAAUAUAUUGUACAGCAGUACAUUGCAGCAACAGGCGGACAACCAGCAUUGAAUUCGUUUCACAGCAUGUGUGCAAUCGGGCAGGUUAAAAUUAGUGCAUCAGAAUUUCAACAAGGAGAUGCAAGCGUUAAGUUGAGGAGUACAGAGGAGGCUGGUGGUUUCGUGCUUUGGCAGAAAGACCCUGACCUGUGGUGCUUAGAACUACUUGUUUCUGGGUGCAAAGUUAUCUCAGGCAGCAAUGGCAAUAUGUCGUGGAGACAAUGUUCCAACGAAAACACACCCAUAGUUAAGGGUCCUCCCAGACCUCUACGCCGCUUUCUGCAAGGUUUGGACCCUCGAUCAGCAGCAAACUUAUUUCUAGAAGCGAAUUGCAUAGGAGAGAAGGUCAUAAACGACGAUGACUGUUUUAUACUAAAACUUGAUGCUAGCCAAUCAGCUCUUGAUGCACAAAGUAACUCUAAAUGUGAAAUCAUCCACCACACACUGUGGGGAUACUUCAGCCAAAGAUCUGGCCUCAUGGUUAAGUUUGAGGACUCACGGCUACUUAAUGUAAAGACCAAGGACGACAAGGAUGAUGAUGGCGUGUUUUGGGAGACAAGCGCGGAGACUGUGAUUGAAGACUACAGAUACGUUGACGGAGUGAAUAUUGCACAUAGUGGUAAGACAUUCGUGACGGUGUACAGGUACGGUGAACAGUCUGCUAAUCACAAGAGGGAGCUGCAAGAAGUAUGGAAACUUGAGGAGGUUAAUUUUAAUGUCUGGGGCAUGUCUUCAGAGUUCUUCAUGCCACCUUCACCCCACAAACAAUAACAAUAAUAUGUUUUACGUUAUUUCGUUAAAGUGUUUGCUAGGAGCUUCACUCUGACGAUUGGGAGUGAGAUUGCAAGCCAUACUUUUAUCUCAACAGGAAAAUAAAUCUGCUAUUA